AUGCCUAAAGAUUCAAUUCUACUAUCUGAUGGAGGACUCGGCACUACUCUAGAAGAUCACUUCCAUCUCCCGAUCUCGCACACCCCAUUAUGGUCAGCACGUAUCAUCCUUGACGCACCAGACACCCUGCAACAAGCUCAUCUUGCAUUCCUCGAGGCUGGAUCAAGGGUCCUUCUCACAGCGACGUACCAGGCUGCAUUCGAAUCAUUCGAGCGUGCAGGUAACACUCGUGAAAUCGCUACUGAGGCUAUGCGCAAUGCCAUUCACAUAGCGGACCAAGCCAGACAUCAAUUUUGUAAGGAACAUCUUGAUAUCAGCCCGAAGGAUAUCCAUAUCGCCCUCUCCCUUGGACCUUUUGGCGCUGUACUUGCCCCUAUGCAAGAUUUUGGUGGGAUUUACCCUCCUCCAUACGGGCCACGAGCACACAACGACGCGGAGGAAAAUACGACCUCCUUCGGAGAUGAUAUUGAAGGCAAGAAUAACUCCAUAAAGGCGUUGACACGCUUUCACGAAGAUCGACUUCGGGUGUUCACGUCUGAUAAAGAGACGUGGGACAAGGUUGAUUUUGUUGCGUUUGAGACGGUGCCGCUGGUGAGAGAGAUAGAGGCGAUCAGGCGAGCAAUGAAUAAUAUGAAGGAGAUUGUCAGUCCCAAACCUUGGUGGAUCACUGCGACGUUUCCCAAUGGCAAGUACCCAGAGACUCGGCAACCUGGAGGGGAUCACUAUACCGCUAGCGAGGCGGCAAUCGCUAUGAUACGCAGCGACGACAAUAUGCCAGUACCAAAUGGUAUUGGAAUCAAUUGCACGGCACUCAAGUAUAUUCCAAAGUUACUCCAAGACUUUGAACUGGUGAUGGACGGGAAUAAGAAACUGUUCCUAGUUCUGCACCCGAACGGAGGGGGCGGAUUUGAUUUGUCUACUCAGGCAUUCCGAGAGCCCGAGGAGAGUGAUCGAUGGCCAGAAGAUCUAGCCAGCCUCGUCAAAGAGGCCAAAGGGAGAGGCUGGAACGAGAUCAUCUUCGGCGGUUGCUGCAAAACUGGACCAGGUGAUAUCAAGGCUCUGGGGGAAGCGUUCAGUGGGGAGUAG